AUGGAAGAAAACCAGUGGUUUCUCUUUGGAUUAGAUGACAUCUUACCGACUUUGAAACGUGUGGGAGAUCUACCUGUCUAUGGUUCUGAAGCAUUCACAUCAUUCUCUGAAUACAACACCUCUCUCAAAAAGAUAGAGAAGACUCAAGAUAUCGAUGUUAUUCUUGCCAAGUUCCUCGGUGUGAAUGAACCACCUAUCCCAUUGUUUAGUAAAGAUAAAUUCAAAUUACCAUUUUGUAAUGCAGAUCUUCAACAUAACACAUUGUUAUAUAGAUGUUUAGAUUGUUCUUUGAACUUCACAGCAUGUGUAUGUGAAGAGUGUUUUAGAAAAGGAAAUCAUCUGGAGGAAGGACAUCAUUUCACGACUCAACUCACUAUUCAAGGUGCAACAUGUGAUUGUGGUAAUCCUGAUCUCUGGAAACCGAGUGGAUUCUGCUGUGACCACCAUGCACCCACCACCGAAUCUACUCCAAGUGAACUACUCGAACCAGAAAUGAGAAAGAAACUUCAUCUCUUUGUUCGUUGUCUUCUUAACUUUAUGUUGAAUGAAGUCGAGAUACUCAAUAUGACGAAAUCCAACGAUAACGCUGAGAAACAAAGAAUGCAGAAUCUUAAGAACCGAGUGUCUUUGGUGCUUGCAUGGAUUCAUGGUGCCGUACAGCAAUCAUACCCAUUGCUACAUAUCAUUGCUGAAGAGUUGACAUUGCAAACACUCGAUAACAAAUCAUUCGAUAUCAACAAGCCGGUGCCAUUAUCCUACACCACCAAAGAAGAAGAGACUGACAUACUUCCUCAACUUGCCACUGUCAUUCCGAUUCUAACUUAUAUCAGAGGUACUUUCGAUCAUCCAGAUCUAUAUCAGUUGUGCAUCAGACUGUUCAAGAUAUACCUAUUCGAUGUUGUACUUGAAAACUACUCAGAGCUAUCAUUGAAGGUGGAAAAGUUUAUAUUUCUUUGUGGUUUAUUCUAUGAUUCCGCACCAAUCUAUACGAUGUUCUCCACUGACUAUUCAAAGAAUAAUCUAUUCCGUGUUGUUAUUGCUGAAUAUAAACAAUUAAUCUCAAAAAAAGAGAUGUUUGAUUUGAAUAAUGCAACUGAUCGUGAAACUUUUCAAGCGAUUUGUGAUCCUCAUACAGAGAUGGCUUUCUUGAUAAGAUUCUUUAGAGAACAACCAAUCAAUCAAUACAUCUACAACAAUGAUGAUAUCAUGCAUGAAUACUUUAAAGUCAUCGAUUUGAUUCAAGAUAUAGUUCCAUUGAAAAGAGCAUUGAUAAAACCAAAAGAAUAUGAACCAGAACCUCUCCAAGUAGCAAAUGCCAUUUCAAGCUGCUUUCAAAAUGGUUUCAGAAUAUUAUUGAAACGUUUUCAUAGACAAAAGUUACCAACAAUAAAGUAUUUGAAAUCAAUUCUCUCUUUAUUCAAAGCACCACGAUCUACAAAGUAUUUAACUUGUAACGAUUAUAAAUUAAUAUCAAAUAAUAUAUUUAAUGCAGUGGAUACAGUCAGUUUAUACUCACCAAUCACACAAAUGGCAGGUGUAUACUUGUUGAGUUCACUACAACAAGAUGAUAACUACAGUCUUGAUGUUGUGAGAUCAUUGAUUGACAAUGACAAGUUACUCUAUAUGAUUAACCAGUCUCUCAAACCAAUGAUGCUUCUCUGCCAAUAUGGUAAAUGGACCAAGAACUUGAACAUCAACUUAGAAACUAGUUGCUACAUGCUUUCGUCGAUGUUCAUAGAUUUGUUUAUGAUUCAAUACAGCUCUAUCUUAUUGGGUCCAAAUUAUUAUUUGAACUUUAUGAUUAAUUCUUUCACUUCGAAUUAUAAAUCAAAUGAAUAUACUUCAUGUUGGUCUGACAUGCUCAAAACUAUCAUUCAGAUUCAACAACUUAGAAUGAAUCCAAAGCAUACUCCUGAGAAUGUACGUCACUAUGCUACUCAAAGUCUAAUAGCCAAUAAGAAGAUGGAGAAAGAAAAGUUUGUGGAAUUAUUGAAAAGUAUACUUUAUUCUGAAAAGUUGUUGGAAGAUGCCAUUCUCGAGAUAUCAUCAGGUGCCAAUCAACUCAACACAGAGCUGAAACUAAAGCCAGAACGUGUUAAAUACUUUGAUUUCUACUUCCCACUCUACCUUGACGAACCACCUAUGAAAAACUACCACGAACUCAUCAAAGAUAAUGAUAACUCUCAUCCAUUACCAGGUGUAUUGGGACCACUUCACCACAAUCUCGAAGCAAUCAACGAUCUCUACAACGAAUCACUUCUCUAUCGAAUUGUGUUCUUCACACUGUUACCACUUGUCCAUCCACAAUACAAAUUGGAAGAAACAUUCUCUGAUUUUGAAAAGUUUAACAAAUUCUCAAGUUUCCAAGAGAUGCUUCAAUCACAAGAAGAACUUGACAAGAGUGUCAAUAAUUGUCUCUAUCUCUUGUGUUUGGCUCAACAACACUAUUCUGAAAAACAAUUCAAUACUUUAUCAGGUGAAGAGAAAUCAACACUUUCGACUUCAAUCAAAUUACAAUUGUCUGAAAAAGACAACAACAACACUAUUAAAUCAUCAUUUAUCUCACAUAUUCUAACAUAUCACAAAGUUGGAACAACCAAAGAGAAUGAUGGUGAGAAUAAUAAUAAUAAUAAUACAACUCAAUCGAUGAGUAUUCUUGAUCUACUUAUUGAUCUUUUGGUGAUGACCAACAAGAAUAGAUAUGUUGACAAGAAGAAAUUGAUUAAUCAUUUGAUCAAUGGACUAAAGGAUAUCGAUGAGAGUUUAGUAAAUUAUAUCAACAAUAGAAAGCCAUCUGAUGAUAUCAUUAAAGGUAAUGAAGACGAGAAGUUGAGAUCAGAUCAACUUGAGGAGGUACACAAGAGACAAAAAGAAAUCAAAGAGAUGAUGGCACAACAACAAAAACAAUUCCUUCAACUCAAUGAAAUCGAUGAGAGUGAAUCGAGUGGUCUACACGAUAACAACACUCCAAUCUGCGUCACAUGUAGAAGUAGCACCGAUACAGAUACCGAUCCACUCGGUGCCAUGGGUAAUGUUUGUGGAUUCCAUGCACACAUCAAUUCUAAACGUAACUCACUAAAGUCCUUCUGUCCUUCUUUAAAAGAUAAUGAAUUCGGAUCAUACGAAUUUCAUACAUUCGGCUCUUUCUAUCCAGAGGAACUAAAAGAAUCACAAAUCCUCAUCAUAAUGCAGUUCUCACCGUCUUUCAACAUCAGUUGUUGUGGUCACCACAUCCACAAAUCAUGUUUGAUCAAUUUGAGUGGCAAAGAAUUUCAAGGUUUCCAUUGUCCACUGUGUGACCGUCCAACCAAUCUCAUUCUCCCACCAGACAACAUAAACAAACUAAAGUCAUGGGGAAAUGAUUGUUUCAUCGAUGUUCUUGUGAAAUCCGAUAUGACAUUUGCUAUGAAUGCACCCGACGUUUCUGAGCCUUUGACAAUGAAACUACUCUGGAAGUACGCAUUAUCCAAUAUCGAAACACUUGAAUUGACAUCUCGUCGACAAAAGAGCUACAACCGUGGAACCAGCCAUGAGAACAAACCAUACUUUGUUUACAAUGAUGCAGAAUUCUCGAAAAGAUUGAAUACACUGACCAUCAUCUAUCACAACAUCAUCAAUCUCAGAGAGAUUCCAGAUGAUCCCACUGAACUUUGGUCUGAUGACAAUCAAUUGUAUGAUCCGUUCAUCGUUGCAACUUUAUCAUUCUAUCUCAAUCGUUCAUCCGAUCCAAAAGCUCACAUUAAGAAAGCAUAUGAAAAUCUAAUUUUCUGUGUGCAAGCAACAAUAAUGGAUUCUUAUAGAAGAGGAAAUCCUUUGUCACCCGACGUCAACGACAGAGACAAACUUGUAAAGUUCUUCUCGAGUGUCACCGAUCAAUUCAUUAGAAAAGCUUAUCUUUUCCAUCAUUGCAUAUCAUCAAGAUUGCAAACUGGCAACCAAUCUGAAAGCCAGCUAACAUUGGAACAAUUCUCUGAUAUUUCUUAUCUGAGAACAGCACUGGACAUUCCAACUUGGCAAACCACUCAAAACGAAAUGAUGACCAGAGAAGUUAGUAUUACCUUUACAAACGGCAUCAGUUUCUCAAUACCGCCAAAACCAGCAAAAUUCAUUCCUUUACCACAUUCCUAUGUUGUAAGUAAUUCUUAUUCAAUCGAUUAA